AAUACAGAACACAGGUGUAAUGAGGGUACUGUCUGUACUGUAAACAGAGCUGCUCACACGUCCAUCACACUGACACAUGCCUUCUGUUUGCAGAGUGAAUCGGAGUGGAAAGUUUAGAUUGGUAUAUCAUUUGGAAAGCAGCUGAUCACACAGAGGAUCUGUCACAGAUCACAGAUUAUAAGGAGUUACUGAGCAGGUCUUGAAGGAGCGAUAAAGAACUUGCUCACGUUUUCACUUCUGUCACUUAAAAAGGUGCAUAUAGGUUUCAAAGUUUGGACAAAUCGUGGAUUAAAUCAGACUCCACAAGCCUAAACAGUCUUGGAUCUGAGUUCAUUUGUGUCUUUUAAGUGGUGAGUCCUUUUGUGUGGAUUAAUGAGUAACUUAUCCUCUAAAUCUGACUGCCUGCAUUGUUGUCUGUGUCAGCACUAAGCUAUACUGCUGAGCACAAUUCUUUCAAAUCAGAUUUUGUGUCUUAACAUUUAGAAAGCAUUCAGGAAUCACUGAACUAUUCCUGGGGGAUUUACUGCAUGUCUGCCAUUUAUAGUGCUGUUGAGUGUGCAUUUGUCUCCUGUUCCUUGAGGAAAAUCCCAGCUAGCAGAGAUGUUCUCAUAACUUUGGCUUUACCAUUACCUAAAGCAAUUUAUUUAUUUACAUUUUUAGAGGGAAGACGCAACUGCAGUAUUUAGAGAAUGUUGAAGGAUGGUGUCUGGGACAUAGAUGAUAAUAAAAGGUAAAAACUGUCAUUCAGAAAUAGUACCAGAAUGUUAUUGAGGCUUAUGACAGAGCAUUGCUUAGAAAGCUUUCCUGUAAUAUGAUAUAUUAACACAUUUUGUAGUAUUCUGAUGGUGCUUGACAGUGUUGUUGAGGUAAGACAUUAUGGGAUGUCCCUCUGUAAAACCUCAAUGCAAGAUUUGGGAAAGAUUUAAGAGAGGUUUGUGGUUUAAUGAUCUCCUUAGAAUAUUUUUGAGAAGAUUAUGAUGCUCUUAAAAAGACCAUUCUGGAAACAAAAACAAAUGUACUAAUACUAAAACUCUGCAGAACCUUCCUAGAAUGUUUCGAACUAAAGAAUCCACCUGGGAUGUGGUGUACUAGGUUUGAUGUGUAAACCUAUAUGCAUCACAGAUUAGUCCUUAACUUUGCAAUCUUUUCUCCACUUCUGACGCAGGAUCUGAGCUCCUCUAUCACUGUUUUCUGGGCUUUAACAUGCACAAGCAGAGACACGGUGCAGCUGCACUGAGCUCCGGCUCUCUGAGGGUUAACUUCACAGUGGCUGCGCCGCUGGAGGAGCCUGAGUGAAAUCAGCCCCUGCAGGAUCCCGUUCACAGUCAGAGGCGCCGGCCAGUAGCGCGCACACACACACACACACACACACACACACACACACACACGCAUACACACAAAGACGCACUCCGAGCAGGUACAGGAGACACGCCGAGUGUAUUCCCGGCUACUCUCCGGAGUCUGCUUGUUGAUCCGCUUGAGGAAGUGGUGCACAGGGCGGACUGGACAUAUUUGGUGUCUGUGCGGCACAGUUCUGCUCUUCACCAUGUCGGUGCGCUGCUCAUGAUGCCUCCAUCCGCUCCCAGUAGAGCGCUGGAGACCUGGACGGGCUGCACAAGUUUGAACGCAUUUACUCCUGAAAUGUUGCUGAUAUCGGUCCAUGAGGCGAAUCGGGUUAUAAGGAAGACACGCACAAGAGACGAAGAGGGGCCCUGAUGUGGUCACCUACGGGCCAAUGUCUUCUUAAUCUACCAUCCUGCAUCUUCAAGUGACCGAGUGACUUGAGAGAAGAUGAUCAAAGCCGGCUCCCGGUUGGCCACCACUCUGCCACCGGACACCAUGGACAUUAUCCGGAGCAAGACGCACUCCCGCCGGGUGAGGCUCAACGUCGGCGGGCUGCUCCACGAGGUCCUGUGGAGGACGCUGGACCGGCUGCCCCGCACCCGGCUGGGCAAGCUGAGGGACUGCAACACCCACGACUCCAUCAUGGAGAUAUGUGACGACUACAGCCUGGAUAACAACGAGUACUUCUUCGACAGACACCCCGGAGCUUUCACCUCCAUCCUCAACUUCUACCGCACCGGGAAGCUGCACAUGAUGGAGGAAAUGUGCGCCCUUUCCUUCAGCCAAGAGCUGGACUUCUGGGGCAUCGAUGAGAUCUACCUGGAGUCCUGCUGCCAGGCCAGGUACCACCAGAAGAAGGAACAGAUGAACGAGGAGCUCAAAAGAGAGGCCGAGAACAUGAGGGAGAGAGAAGGAGAGGAGUUUACUACCACGUGUUGUUCCGAGAAGAGGAAGAAACUCUGGGACCUCUUGGAGAAGCCCAGCUCUUCAUUUUCUGCUAAGAUCCUGGCAAUUAUAUCCAUCCUCUUCAUCGUGCUAUCCACCAUUGCCUUGUCUCUGAACACCCUCCCAGAGCUGCAGGACACAGAUGAGUUUGGUCAAGCUACAGACAACCCACAACUGGCCCAUGUGGAAGCUGUGUGCAUUGCCUGGUUCACUAUGGAGUAUCUGCUUCGAUUUCUCUCUUCCCCUAACAAGUGGAAGUUCUUUAAGGGUCCUCUGAACGUCAUAGACCUGCUGGCCAUCCUGCCCUACUACGUCACCAUCUUCCUGACAGAAUCCAACAAGAGUGUGCUGCAGUUUCAGAACGUCCGCCGCGUGGUUCAGAUUUUCCGGAUCAUGCGAAUAUUGCGUAUUCUGAAGCUGGCCCGUCACUCUACAGGUCUUCAGUCUCUGGGCUUCACUCUCAGGAGGAGCUAUAAUGAGCUGGGCCUGCUCAUCCUCUUCUUGGCUAUGGGCAUCAUGAUAUUCUCUAGUCUGGUAUUCUUUGCUGAGAAAGACGAAGAAGACACUAAGUUUAAGAGCAUCCCUGCUUCCUUCUGGUGGGCAACCAUUACCAUGACCACAGUAGGUUAUGGAGAUAUUUACCCAAAAACUCUGUUGGGGAAAAUAGUCGGGGGUUUAUGCUGCAUUGCAGGAGUGCUGGUGAUAGCCUUACCUAUCCCCAUCAUUGUGAAUAACUUCUCUGAGUUCUACAAAGAGCAAAAGAGGCAGGAGAAAGCCAUCAAAAGAAGGGAGGCUCUGGAGAGGGCUAAGAGAAAUGGUAGCAUUGUCUCUAUGAACAUUAAAGACGCAUUUGGUCGCAAUGUGGAGCUCAUGGAUGUAAUGGUGGAAAAAGGUGAUGGACAUAAGGAGAAAGUUCAUGACAAUCAUGUGUCUCCUAAUCACCAGAAAGGGACCCCCAAACUCAGGCUGGAAACCAGCCCCAGCAGCCCCACCAAGACCCCUGAAUCAAGCUUCCAAGAGCAGGCCAAGCCCUCCAGCAGCCCCCAGCACCUCAGUGCACAGAAAUUGGAGGAGAUGUACAAAAAGAUGGCCAUGACUCAGUCGCAGCCCAACCUCAACAGCAAGGAAAAGGGGCCGUCAUCCAAAACAGGCCGAGAGAGAGCUGAAUUUGAGAUGGGAAGCAUCCCAACUGAAGCCAUGUCCAGCACAGUGGAGGCAGUGACAGACAUGAAGAGCAUGUCCAGCAUCGACAGCUUUAUCAGUUGUGCAACUGACUUUCCUGAGAGCUCUCGUUUUUCCCACAGUCCAAUCAGCAACAUCCCUGGGAAGGUCAGCACCAACCCCAGCCUGGAGCCCACCUUGGAGAACGAACAUGAAGGAUCCCAGGGCAUCUCUACACCUCAGGCAGGAGAUGGCAUAAAGUCCAGUCUGCAUUCUGACAGCCCCAGAGGCCUGCGCUUCAACAAAAGUCGCUCGCUAAAGGUCAACUUCAGAAGCAGCGAGGAUCCAGGGGCAGGUCUCCUGUCAGACAGCUCAUCAAUCCAGAGCCCUGAGGUGUCCGUCUACACAACUGCCAGCAGCAGGACACCCAGUAAGAGUCCAGAGAAUCUACUACCCAGCAUCUUCACAUUCCAUGAUUCGUCCAUCAAUAAGUUCAUUGAUGCUGACACAGACGAAGAGGAGCACCUGCAUGAUGGUUCAGGCACCAACCCGACCCAAAGACUCCUGGAAAGAGCCAGUCCCAAGUUUGGCCAUCAGAGUUCCAACCACAUGGAGGGACUCCAGAGGAAGCUGGGGAAUAGCACACUGCCAUUAGAGGGGCAGGAGAACCAUGUGGCUCAGGAACUACAGCCACUUCAGGGAGAGAAGAGUCAUUCUAACUCUUAAGGUCACUAAAAGAAAGAAACCAGACAGGAGAGGAGGAAGCGAAGGAGGUGGAGAGCAAAUAACAAGCACAGUGAACUUCCCGAAAAUAUGAAUGACACUGAAAACAUUUGAAGAAUUACAACACAAACUACUUCUCCCAUGACAAUACAAAAGUUGUGGACAAUGGGGAAGAAUUUUGUUCUGCUCUCAGACUUUUUCCUACCAAUGACUCCUGAAUAGAUUAAUUUAUCUGAAGACUUGAAGGUUUUAAAAAUGGCAAUGAAUAGAAUCUGAAGAUUUGUAUAAUUUCUACAUUAAUUUCACCCAGAUGACCAUCUAAUAAUUGUAGCCUAGUUGUAAGAGUACAAUAUGCCAUUUUUAUGAUCAAAAACCAAUUAUCUUCAAAGUCACUAUAGCAAAGGCUGUCAAAUCAGUAGCAAACCACAAAGGGCAUUGAAACACGGCACAUACAGGAGAGAUAUUUCCAAUAACUAUAUUGUAGUAUGAAGGGUGAACAUACAAAGGCAAAGUGUUGGGAAAAUGUAUAGUUAGCUUCCUUUAACUUCCUUCCUCAGAACUGGCCUUAGUUCAUGUGUCUCCCAUGUUUUAUGUUUAUAUGUAUGACAAGGAGAGAAAUCUAGAGAAGGACAGAUAGCACAUAUGUGUGCAAUAAUUACCUUUCAUAUAUAGUAUAUUUAUUGUUAUGUAGCAUUCGUGGUCUCUUGUCUUAAGUGUGACCUGUAGGAGAAUCAAGUGUUUCAGUCUGUUUAUAUUCAACAGGAGUUUAGUGUCUUGCUCGUUGAUAUUUUUUACUGCACAGAAAACAUUUAGACGACACAGAGAGACACUGUGAGACUUGAUCCAUCAGUUUCCUUCUUGUUCCCAUUGUGCCCGACUGCAGGCAAGAGAGAGCACCUUAACAUAAUUCUUUUUCUUGCGAACACAGGAAAAAAAAAUACUGUGUUGUUCUUGUUUGUUCAUUUAUUUUGUUUGUUUCUAAAUGUCUGUGUGUAUCCCCAUGACUGGUGUAAUCACAUUUCAUUUUCAAUCUGGACAAAAACAAAAAAUAUCACAUUAUUUUCAGACUUUCUCAAAGGUGUGUGGAGGAGUCACCAUUCCUGUUGUAGCUGAUACACUGAAUUUUGCAUAAAAUGACAGUUCUCAUGAGCAUCACUACGGCUGGACAGACAGCAGUGAAAAUCGCACAGAUUUUCUUUGUUGAUCCUCCGGUUUUGUAGGAGUGUCAAUAUUGUACAUGUAUAACUACAAAAGUAGAAUCUAUUACAAAAAAUACACAUUUAUUGUACAAGUUAAAGAAUCUAAAUAAUUUAUAUUUUUAAGAUAUUUUCUAAAAGAAUGGACUCUUAGACAAAUAUAUUGUGCUGAAUUCAUAGUUUUGCAUUUACAAUAUAUGUACCACAUUAUUUUGAUGGAGUUGCAUUUAUUAGACAAUAUUCUGUAGUAGAUACAUUUGUAUUGUUUGCUAUUGUCUCUCUGUAAACGUUUGUCCGUUGAUCUUUUGUGCAAUGUGAAGAACCAAAGAAUUGUUCUUUCUGAUAACUCACACAGAUGGUAAUAAGUUUAAAAGUUUUUUUUUCCUAAGAAAUGUAAGCAUUCCGUUUUCUAAACAAAAAGAAUCUGACAUAUUUCAGGGAGCCAUACUUGCUCAUUCGGGACAAACAUGUAAGCUAGAAGAAGCUGUUGAUGGAGGAUCAAAAAAAAUGAAAAGGGAACACAGGAUUUUAUUUUCUUUCAUCCAUUUGAAAAGUUAAUUUGAUUAUUUACACACUGUGGAUCUUGACAAGUGGUUCACUUCCAAAAAUCCAAAUCAUUAUAUUCACAUGAGUCCACAUGAUAUCUCCUGCUAACAUAAAGACACCUCUCAGCUAUAAGCAGCUUUAGUUCAACCAAAUGUCCUGCAUCCUGCUUCUCCAAAACGACCACUCUGGGUGUUGAUCAUCUGGUGCAAGCAUGCUUUUAUAAGAUUAUUAACUUUCCAACAUAUCAUGCAAGCAUGCUACAAAUCAACUGUUCUUAGUAGUUAAAGAAAUAGAAGUAUUUACUGCGCAUGGUUGUCUGCAGUCAUUAGACAUAACAUGAGUUAGAUAUUUCUGUGCCUUUGCUUUUAACAAACGCCUACCCUGCAUACUGAAUUUGUCCACCGGAACCCAAAUGAUAAUUAAACAAACUGUACAGCACAUAAACAAACAGAGAACUGGGUCAUCAUGCUACAGUUUCCUAUAAUGUCUUUCCUGUGCACUUAAAUGCACCAAACAUUUACACGAAAAAAGGUCCCAGUCCACAAAAACAAACAGGUGCAGAUGCACUCGGUACUGUGAAGCACCACUGUUUCCAUGGUGAUGGUUGAGAUGACUGGAUGGCUCACAUUUGAUGCAAGCAAGUAUCCUAAUUUGUCGAGAUGGGGUCCUUUAAGACUAAAAUAGCAUAGUGCAAACACACACCACAAUUACAUUUUUGUUCAUUCACUCUUUUUUUUUUUUUUUUUCAUCUCAGUUGUUCCCUGCUUACUUCAGUGAUGGUGAAGCCUGAGGAAAAUUAUGUAAACAGAAAACUGGAUUGCGGGCCCGUUCAAUCAGACUGCCACAUCAUCCCUUUAUUUCACUCGUUUGUUUUUACGUAGAAACAUGCACACAUCUCAGCAAAUUACAAAAGAACAGACAGAGCAUGACUACAUUCUGAAACUAAAGGUGAUAUUGCAAAAAUGUGUAUGAACACUUGAGUGGAGGGAGCGAGUGUGAAAUGCAAAUGGAAUAGGAACAAGUGGUGUGUGACGGGGAGGGAGACGUCAGCUUGAUUACAACUGAUGUCCCUAAUGAUGGCCGCAGCUCCUCACGUCCACUUUUACUCUUCAACAAAUCAUCAUUCAAAACAGAAUCUUAGGAUCUUUCUGUCCUCUCUUUGUGGCGACAGAGUAAAACAUUCCUCAGGCGAGAUGACUGCCAUUACAUUCUGUCAUUUAGAAACAAAGUUAAGCAGUCAGGUUAUGUACACAGUACUUGUGUGUGUUUUUCCAUCACAAGGAUUUUCCUUGUGCUCGAGUCUUUUGUGCAGAGUGACAAUGCAAAAAUGGCAGUUGGGUUGAGGCAUCCUUUUGAGGAUGUCUUCAAUUCUGUGAUUCUAUAAAUAUCAUCCUGGGCAUGCAAAGGGAGGGUCCGGGCCUGCAGGAAAAGGCUCAGUUACAGAAAUGUCUUUGUUCCGAUGGUGUCAUCCACUUCUGAGGAGCAAACUUUGUAACAAAAGAGUCUGGAAAAACAGAGGCUACGGAGGCCGACAGGAAACCAACCAGUCACUGGUGUGUGGGAUUGUUUGCAGCCCAGCCCUAAACCCUGCAUGGUAAUGGAAUGAAAAUGUCAAACUGACAAAUGGUCGUACGACUUUCACUGCUGAAUGCGUUGGAGACAGAAGAAACAAAGAAAUUUUUUCUUUUUUUGAUGAGUGGGUGAGGGUGUUACACGGUGAAGAAUGAAGGUUCAUUAGCAUUCAUCACACAACAGUCAAACAUGCAGUAAAUAAUGACAAAUCUUUGAAAAUGAGCCUCUAAUCAUAGUGGACUUUCUUCCAAACAAGCCAUAGUCGAUUUUAACAGAACAGCUCUUUUCUGUGUUGGAUGAAUGUUAACAAUGUUCUUAUUGUUUUUUUAUUUUAUAAUUUUUUUUCCUCUUUUCUGAACUGCACUUUAUUGAUUUUUCUGAAUUAAGUACUCUGCUGUCUAGUGACAAAUAGAAUUGUCAAUAUAGAAACACUGUAUUUGAGCAAACAACGGUUCAAAUACAAUGUCCAAAAGCACAAAUUAAAAUACCAAUAGGUAACCAUUUUCUUUGAGAAGAAUACACCACACAAGAGGUCGCAGCCAAAUACAGACGCACGAUUUCAUUUUCUGAAUCUUCCCCCUCCUUCAGGGAAAUAAUCACUCUGUUCAGCUCACACAGGUCUGUAUGUUGCCCUUACUGUGUCUGGGGAAAUGUUUGUUUUGUAAAGUUUCAUACUUUGUACCAGUUGACUUUGUAGAAUAUUAUAUUUGUGGUUUUCCCGUUGUUCAACGCAUGUAGCGCUAUUAAACUUUGACACACUGAACUUGUAAAUAUAAUAUAAAUGCUAUAGGAAAAUGACUAUGAUGAGCAGUUUUGAAGCAGAUUUCUCCUUUUACUGACUGAUGCUUAAUAAAAGACAAUAAUCCAG